GAAAGAAAGCAUGAAGAAGAAAGAUUUAAACAGCAAAUAGAGAUGGAAAAACAAAUGGAGAAAGAGACUCAGAAUCAGAGAGAGAUGGAAUUAAAAGAUCAGCAACACAAAGAGAUGGAGGAAGAAAAUAUUGAGGGACAGAAUGAACUGGAGAGAGAGAGGGAAGAAAAGCAGAAAGUGAUUAAGGAAGCAGAGGAGGAGGAAAGAGAAAGAGAAGAAGAGAGAAGAAAGGAAGUAAGCAUGAAGAAGCAUGUAGUAGUUAAUGUUAAAGAAAAAGCACGGGAAAUCUUCAACAGGCGUAAACAGAGGAGGUUAGAAGUGUUGAAGGGGGAACGAGAACAGAUGGAAAGAGGACAACAAAUCAGGAGGGAGAAGGAGGAAAGACUGCUGGAGAUGGAAAGAAAACAGGAGAGGGCAAGACGACAAGAGGAGCAGGAUAAAAAAACGAGAGAUUGAAAUUGCUAGACAGAAAGAAAGGUUCAGACUAAGA